AGAGCCGCCGCGGCCUCGGCAGCAGCUGCAGCCGGAGCGGCGCGGGGGGCCGGGCCCCCGCCAUGGAGAUCGAGAAGGAGUUCCAGCGGCUGGACCAGGCCGCCAGCUGGCCCGCCAUCUACCAGGACAUAAGGCAUGAAGCCAGUGAUUUUCCAUGUAAAGUGGCCAAACAUCCCAGAAACAAAAAUAGAAAUAGGUACAGAGAUGUCAGCCCCUUUGAUCACAGUCGAAUUAAGCUAAACCAAGGUGACAAUGACUAUAUCAAUGCUAGUUUGAUAAAAAUGGAAGAGGCCCAAAGGAGCUACAUCCUUACCCAGGGACCUUUGCCAAAUACUUGUGGUCACUUUUGGGAGAUGGUUUGGGAACAGAAAAGCCGUGGUGUUGUCAUGUUGAACAGAGUGAUGGAAAAGGGAUCCGUAAAGUGUGCACAGUACUGGCCACGGAAGGAAGAGAAAGAAAUGUUUUUUGAAGAUACAAACUUGAAACUAACCUUGAUAUCUGAAGAUAUCAAAUCCUACUACACAGUACGACAGCUGGAAUUGGAAAACCUGACCAGCCAGGAAACUCGAGAGAUUCUGCACUUUCACUACACCACCUGGCCCGACUUUGGGGUGCCGGAGUCGCCGGCGUCGUUCCUGAAUUUCCUGUUCAAGGUGCGGGAGUCGGGCUCACUGAGCCCCGGGCACGGCCCCGUCGUGGUGCACUGCAGCGCGGGCAUCGGCAGGUCGGGCACCUUCUGCCUGGUGGACACCUGCCUGCUGCUGAUGGACAAACGGAAAGAUCCUUCUUCCGUGGACGUCAAGCAGGUUCUCCUGGAGAUGAGGAAGUACAGGAUGGGGCUCAUCCAGACUGCAGACCAGCUCCGCUUCUCCUACCUAGCUGUUAUUGAAGGGGCAAAAUUCAUCAUGGGAGAUGCUUCAGUGCAAGAGCAGUGGAAGGAGCUCUCCAACGAGGACCUGGAGCCACCCCCUGAGCACACCCCCCCACCUCCCAGGCCCCCGAAGAGAACCUCAGAGAUGCACAACGGGAGGAUGCACGAGCACCCCGAGCUCCUGGGCAAGCCCCAGGCAGUGGAGGAGGAGAUCAGGAGCUCGCUCAGCAGCGUGGAGGAGGCAGCUCCAGACAGCAGGGCCCGCUCGGCUGCGGCCCCCGGCACAGACAGCACUAGUCACGACACUGAAGCCCGGAGGAGAGCGGUGGGGGACAACCCGCGGCUCGCGCCCCGCAAGGAGGAGUCGGUGAAGGAGAGCUCGGAGGAGGAGGAUGAGAGCGUGGUGGCCACUUGGAAGCCCUUCCUCGUGAAUAUCUGCAUGUUCACGUUCCUGACGGCGGGAGCUUACCUGUGCUACAGGGUGUGUUUCCACUGAGGCGGCAGGAGCGCCGCUCGCGCCCGGCUCCGCGGAGCCCCGCCAGGCAGGGCAGCCUCGGCUCAGAGCAGGUAGAUUUAGGGGAAAGGCCAGAACUUUGGCUAGGGCUUCAUGAGAGAAUCGAUGCACUAGGGUUUUAUCCAGCCCUGUGGUCCCAAGAACAUAAUAUUGUAAUCUCAGGGCCUUGAAAUAUUCAGGAGUAAGCAGAGAAAAUGCCAAAUAGUCUAUUUUCCUUUUUUGUUUUCUUUUUUUUUUUUUUAACUAAAUAAUAGAAUUACAACACAUUGUUGUUUUUAGACUUUUUUAAAAAGCCAGUUCAUUUUCUUUUGUUUCAAAAAAACUAGGCACAAGUGAAACUUGCUUGUACUCUCCAAGUGUUGUAACCAAAUACAUGACUUACAUUGACAAGUUCCCAAAAAAAAGAAAAAGAAACCCACAUACCUGAAGAAUGUAAACUUUUGGAAGGGGAGGUGUGUUUGUGGUUGGUUUUUGGCUUGUUUUCUGUCUUUUUUAAAAUUUGCUUCAUCUUUAAAGACUGAGUUGUGGGCAGUGCCUGUGGUAUUGAUAUAUUUAAUCUUGCCAUAACUGUUCUUAAAGAGCUGAUUGUUUUAUUUGUGUUGAUAGAACCAGGCUUCUGCAUUUGCUCAGGGUAUCCCAACACGUCCAGCUCUUUGAUUUUUUUUCUUUUUUUUUUUU